AUGUCUGCCGCUCCCGCUGCUUGGAGACAAGCAUCUCGCGCCUACUCGCAGCGCCUAGCUUCUGGUACCUGGACAGCCCCUCGUCGCGUCCUCGCCACCGGUUCCCGGGGAGCUCGCUCUUAUGUCACUGAGACCAAGGCCGAUCAUGCGCAGGUUAACGUCGAGACUGCGAUCAAGGAGGAACAAAAAUCCUUCAUGAAGCAGACAGGCGUUGCUCCUGGAAAUGUCAACCUUCCUAGCGCUGGCACCUCCGCCGACGCCAGCCUGAGCCCUUCUGCGGGCAUCCUCAAGCAGGCCACCGUGAUGGACCAGGGCACCCGUCCUAUUUACCUCGAUAUGCAAGCCACUACCCCUCUCGACCCCCGUGUUCUCGACGCUAUGCUCCCGUAUCUUACCGGCAUCUACGGAAACCCGCAUUCGCGAACCCACGCUUACGGGUGGGAGUCGGAGAAGGCCGUCGAGCAGGCCCGUGAGCACAUCGCCAACCUGAUUGGUGCUGAUCCCAAGGAGAUUAUCUUCACUAGCGGUGCAACUGAGAGUAAUAAUAUGAGUCUGAAGGGUGUGGCGCGGUUCUUCGGCCGCUCCGGAAAGAAGAAGCAUAUCAUCACUUCCCAGACCGAGCACAAGUGCGUCCUGGACAGCUGUCGCCAUCUGCAGGAUGAAGGUUUCGAAGUCACAUAUCUGCCCGUCCAGUCGAACGGACUGAUCAAGAUGGAAGACUUGGAGGCAGCGAUGCGCCCGGAGACCGCCAUUGUCAGUAUCAUGGCCGUGAACAAUGAGAUCGGUGUCAUUCAGCCCUUGGAGGAGAUUGGUCGGCUGUGCCGCUCUAAGAAAGUCUUCUUCCACACCGAUGGGGCCCAGGCUGUCGGCAAGAUCCCGCUCGAUGUCAACAAGGCCAACAUUGAUUUAAUGUCGAUUUCCAGCCAUAAGAUCUAUGGUCCCAAGGGUAUCGGUGCUUGCUUUGUUCGUCGUCGCCCUCGUGUCCGUCUGGACCCUCUCAUCAGUGGUGGUGGACAGGAGCGUGGUCUGCGCAGUGGAACCCUUGCUCCUCAUUUAGUUGUUGGUUUCGGUGAGGCAUGCCGCCUUGCCGCGCAAGACAUGGAGUACGACACCAAGCACAUCGAGCGUCUUUCGAAGCGUCUCUCAGAGGGUCUGCUCGCCAUGGAACACACCUCUCUUAAUGGUGAUCCCGAGCACCACUACCCUGGCUGUGUGAACAUCUCUUUUGCCUACGUUGAGGGUGAAUCUCUUUUGAUGGCUCUCAAGGACAUUGCCCUCUCAUCAGGCAGUGCUUGUACUUCUGCUUCCCUGGAGCCCAGCUAUGUUCUCCGCGCCCUGGGCAGCAGUGACGAGAGUGCCCACAGCAGUAUUCGAUUCGGUAUCGGUCGUUUCACCUCGGACGCAGAGAUCGAUUACGUUCUGAAGGCUGUCACGGCCCGUGUAGGCUUCCUCCGUGAGCUGAGCCCAUUGUGGGAGCUGGUGCAGGAGGGUAUUGACCUCAACACCAUCGAAUGGAGCCAGCACUAA